AAAAAUAGAACAGCGAUCGCUUUCGAGUUUGGGUUAAGACAUUGUGAGAGAGGGAGAGAGAGUAUAGUUUGGUUUGAGGGUUGAGGAGGAUCCUUCCCUUUGCCUUUACCCUUUUGCUUUAACACCCUCUUUCUUCGUCAACGCCUUCAACAAGCCACAACUCUCAAUUUUCUUUUUAAUUAAUACAUAUAAUUUCCCUAGAUCUGUUUUUGUUCGGAACAUAAAUCUGAUUACAGAGGAUCUCAUGGCCACCACUGGAAACAAGAACAUUAAUGCUAAAUUGGUUCUACUUGGGGAUGUUGGAGCUGGGAAGUCUAGUCUUGUGUUGCGCUUUGUUAAAGGACAAUUUGUCGAAUUUCAGGAAUCAACCAUAGGUGCAGCUUUUUUCUCCCAGACGUUGGCUGUGAAUGAUGCAACUGUAAAGUUUGAGAUUUGGGAUACAGCUGGUCAAGAGCGAUACCAUAGCUUGGCACCAAUGUACUACAGAGGAGCUGCAGCUGCAAUCAUUGUGUAUGAUAUAACAAAUCAAGCAUCAUUUGAGAGAGCCAAAAAAUGGGUCCAAGAACUUCAAGCACAAGGCAACCCUAAUAUGGUUAUGGCACUUGCUGGGAACAAAGCUGAUUUACUAGAUGCAAGGAAGGUGGCAGCUGAGGAAGCACAAACCUAUGCUCAGGAGAAUGGUCUUUUCUUCAUGGAAACUUCUGCAAAGACUGCAUCCAAUGUCAAUGACAUUUUCUAUGAAAUAGCUAAAAGAUUGCCUCGAGUGCAGCCAGCACAAAAUCCUGCUGGAAUGGUUCUCAUGGAUAGACCUGCGGAACGGACAGCAAGUGCAUCUUGUUGCUCUUAGGUGGUGGUUGCUGCCUGCCUGAAACUCCUAAGUAGCUCUUGUAAUGCUCUCCGUAAAGCAAAGUUUUAUCUUCCUUACUUUACCUUGUUCAUUCAGAACUGUACAUGCAUGUCGUCCAGACCCAUUAAUUGCGAUGGAGAUUGGUUUUUCUUGUAAAUUAAGUGUGGUAAUGGUAUGUUUAACUUCCAUAGUAUAACCUACAUGUUAAAAUAAAAAAGUGCCAUUUCCUGUGAUAAU